UUCCGCCAAGUUUGAAAUGUUAUUGUUGGAAUCGAAGUUAAGAACGUGUUUAAAUGUUUAUUUUUUAUUACAUAUUUGUAGAUAAUUAACAAAAAUGCGUAAGAAUAUAAGGCAGAGAAAGAAUAAAGAACUAAAAUGUUUAAAAAUAACUUCGUUUUUCCAUGAAAAACCUAAAGUAUUAAAGGAAAACAUUUUGGAUUCAAUUCAUGGAUCAUGUUCAGGAUCAAAUGUUGGUAAAGAAAAUGAGGUUAUGUCUUUGUCAAAUCCAUCUGUAAACAUUAAUGACUCAGAGGAAUUACAGACUGACACAACAAAUAAACAUAUAUUGAGAAGUAAAUUACUCCUAAAGGAAUCUUUGAAUACAAAAUCAGCAUCAAUAUCUAAAAAUAUUUUAGGAAGACAUAAACUUUCAGAAGAAGAAAACUUUACAAAACUUAAAAGAUUUAAAAAGUUUUCAAAUUCCAUAAAUGAAUUUGAAUAUCAGGAUAAAAAUUAUGUAGAAUUAACUUCAGAAAAUCAAGUUGAUAAAUUCAACAAUGAUGAUGAUAAGAGCAAUGCUGAAAAUGUUCAUCCGUUGAGAAAUGACAAUGACAGUUUAAACUCUAACGUCCUUGCAUCCAUCAAUGCUGUGGAAGAUGUCAAAGUUCAAGAAGGUGAAAAAAUUUUCUCCGAAAUUGUCAACGAUAUUGAUUCUUGGAUGAAUGAUGGAUCAAUGGAUGUUGAUUUUGUUACAGAUCGGGAAUCCGUAAUGGAAGAUGAGUGCAUUUUAAGCUCUUGGGAAAAAGAUAUAAAAGAUGAUAUAGAAAUAGACAGAGAUGAACAUUUUCGUAUCUUGGGAAUAUAUCAUCAUAAAGAAGUGCAAAAAAUUGAUUUACUACUGACUUUGGAAAAGAAAAAUGUAAAGAGAAUCUGUUCUCUCGAAGGAGUUUGGAUGAAUACAGUUUGUGAAGUAGGAGAUGUAGUAUGUGUCCAAGCUGAAUUCAUUGAAGGACGUGCAAAAAUAGACAAUGAAAAUGGCCUCUUAAUUAUUCAUCCCGACUAUCUCAUAUCCAGCACAACAGUUUCAUCUGCAUUGUUCUGUAUGAGAAAAACUGUAUUGGCGGAUAAGUUUCAAGGAUGGGAUUCUGGAAAUAUGUCUAUGCUUUUGGGAACAAUAAUACAUCAACUUUUUCAAGAGGUUGUUCAAGAUGAUGAGAUCUCAUACGAAUCUCUAAAUGAGAGAUUACAUUCCAUACUAACGCAACGUGGAAAUCUUAAUUUUCUUUACGAGAACAAAACUAAUGAAACUGUAAUAAAACAGGAAGCUGCUAAUUAUUUUCCUCACAUAAUUAAAUGGAAACAAGAAAAUAUGAAUUCCUGUUUAACAGAUGAGAAAGAAAAAAGGUCGGAAAUGACUAUAUCGUCAAUUGUCGACAUUGAAGACGCAAUCUGGUGUCCACGAUAUGGAAUCAGAGGAAAAAUAGACUUGACUGCAGAAGUAAAUAUUCACAGUAAAAAAAAACACAUACCUAUUGAACUGAAGACAGGAAAAUCAUCGUUUUCAUUUGAACAUCAAGCUCAAGUUAUUCUCUAUACCAUGAUGAUGGAGUACAGAAAUGAAGAUUGCAAUAAUGGUCUGUUGUUAUAUUUAAAAGAUGGACCACAAAUGAGAUCCAUCAUUUCUUCUCAUGAUGUUCGCCGAGAUUUAAUCCAGUUGCGAAAUGAUCUGGUCCACCAUAUAAUCAAUUCUUCGAAUCCACGCAGCUUCUCCUCAGAAUCCAGUCACAUUUUGGAUGGUGUUCCACAACCAAUAAAUAAAAAAAGAUUUUGUGAAAAAUGUCCUCUUCUCUUACCUUGUACUCUCAAUCAAAGGAUAUUUGGAGGUAAAUUGGAUACAGAUCACAUUAUGAAUGAAUUAAUUCCUGAAAAUACUAAUCAUCUAUCUGCUUCUCAUUUAAAUUACUUUAAGCAUUGGUAUAUAUUGCUACAUCUAGAAAAGCAGAGUUCAAAAAAUUCAUUUGGGCAUCAGUUUUGGAAACAAGAUGUAAUUGAAAGAGAGCAACAGGGUUUAUGUCUCAGCAAAAUGGUUCUCAUUCCUACAUUGCAACGUUCAGAUAAAUGGUCAACAAAAAAGAGUUAUAUUCAUUUGUUUAAGAGACAUAGUUUAAAUGGACAUACAUCAAUUAUGGGAUUACAAGAAUCUGAUUGUGUUAUCGUCAGUGAGAAUGAAAGUAGAGAAUUAGCUGUCGGUACAGGAGAAAUUAUUAAUAUUAACAAUAAUUGCGUAGAAAUUCUCUUAGACAGAGACCUUUAUCAAAGGCCAACUUGGACCAAAGAAACAUAUCGAGUGGACAAGAGAACAUUUGAUUCUUCAACCACCAUACAGUUGACUAAUCUGUUGCAUCUGAUGGAUGAUGCCGAUGGUUCUGCUCGGUUACGGAAAUGGCUGAUAGAUCUUCAGCCUCCAUCAUUCCAACAAACUUUUCCUUUGAAAGACGAAGAAAGUCCAAUAUUCAAAUCAUUAAAUAAGCAGCAGAUAAAUGCUAUUGAAAAAAUACUUUCUUCUAAUGAUUACAUUUUAUUAAAAGGGAUGCCUGGAACAGGUAAAACUUUCACUUUAGUAACAUUAGUGAGAUUGUUGGUGGAGAAAGGCAAUUCUGUAUUGCUCACUUCGCACACGCAUUCUGCUCUGGAUAACAUUCUCAUGAAGCUUAAAGAGCAUGAUGUUGACUUUGUACGUCUGGGUCGACUAUCCAGAAUUCAUCCCAAAGUUCGCUCUCAUGCUGUGGAAAUUUUAACAGAAAAUAUAAAAACUACCAAAGAAUUGGAAUAUUUCUAUAAUUCAAAGAAAGUAGUGGGCGUUACCUGUUUAGGAAUCAACCAUCCAGUGUUUCAACACAGAUGCUUUGACUUCUGCAUUGUGGAUGAAGCCUCUCAGAUCCUACAGACAGUAUGUUUGGGACCUCUGUUUUAUGCAAACAAAUUUAUUUUGAUUGGAGAUUCUCAACAGUUGCCUCCAGUUGUACAGAAUAAAGAAGCAAGAUUGCGAGGAAUGUCUGAGAGUUUAUUUUUGAGACUGGAAAUGGCAGAAAACACCAUAGAAUUGAACCUGCAGUAUCGCAUGAAUGGAGAAAUAAUGAUGCUCUGCAAUUUAUUAACAUACGAUGGAAAAUUGAAAUGUGCUUCGGCAGAUGUUGAAAAUGCCAGACUGAUUAUUCCCAAAUUAAGUUGUCUUCCAGACAGCAUUGGUUGGCACAAAUUGCUGUUGUCUGAGUCCACAAAUUCCAUACUUUUCUUGAAUUUAGACGGUCUUCCUGCUCCAGAGUCUUAUGACUCUCAAGGACUAGUCCAAAAUGAAAUAGAAGCAAAUAUCGUUACUCAGAUAUCAUGGACUAUAAUUAAGGGUGGAAUAUUAGAAAAUGAUAUUGGUAUAAUUACCCCUUACAAGAAACAAGUGAGUUUAAUUUGCAAUUCUCUUGAGAGACAUCAUCUCCCGACUAUCGAAGUAAAUACGGUAGACCAGUAUCAAGGAAGAGACAAAUCAGUCAUCAUCAUCUCUUGUGUUAGAAGCUCAACUGGCAAUAAGGUAGCAGAACUUUUAGAAGAUGAAAGACGUUUGAAUGUAGCAAUAUCACGCGCAAAACUGAAAUUGAUUUUUGUCGGAAGUAAAUCAACAUUAAUCAAUUACAUUCCAUUUAAAAAACUGUUUAUGCAUUUAACAAAUGAACAAGUGAAAGAUGCUUGCAAAUCAUCAAUUUCAACCUUCUGGGAUGAUGUUGCAAAUUUUUGACGUUUUGUUUUAGCUUAAAUAGCACAAAUUUUUAUAAACUGGAUUUUAAACUAUGAUUAUUUUGACUAAAAUAUUGUAAAGUCCUU